GUGAGGCACAGAGCGGCGCGGAACAGUGAGGGAGAAACACAUGGAGAGGGAGGAGAGGUCACGAGUCGCUAGUCGUCAGGAUAAUCAGAGCCAGGCCAGUGAUUCAGGGCCCGGUGCCCAGCUGGUGCGACGGGCCACCGGGCUGCAGGCUCCCUCUGACUGAAUGGACAGUGACAGCGCGGCGCCUGAUAGACUGGACUCAUGAAGUGUGGAGCCCCAGCAGCAGGCGGGACACAUCUGGACACGGCGGAGCAGGCGACCCAGCGCGCGUGAGGCGACCGGACCAGGAGCCGCUUCAUUCCAGAUGUGCACCGGCCGCUGCUGCACUGAUCGGCUGGACGGUUGAUGGCACCGUGAGGAUGUUCCAGCCAGACGUUCGCCAGCCUCUGGGUUCUGUCAGGCCGUCGGCGCCGAGGAGGCGCCCGGGCCAUGCUGUCCACUGAGAGCAUGGAGCCCGGGAAAGCGCACGCGCAGAGCGGCUUCUUCCCCGAGGUGGACGUGCCCGACCACGCUCACUACGUCGUCGCCGCGUUCGUCUUCGUCAUCGGGGUGCUGGGCAUCGCCGGCAACGCGCUGGUCAUGUUCGCCUUCUACAGCAACAGGAAGCUGCGCAGCCUGCCCAACUACUUCAUCAUGAACCUGGCGGUCAGCGACUUCCUCAUGGCCUUCACGCAGUCGCCCGUCUUCUUCAUCAACUGCCUCUACAAGGAGUGGGCGUUCGGAGAGACGGGCUGCAAGCUGUACGCCUUCUGCGGCGCCCUGUUCGGCAUCGCCUCCAUGAUCAGCCUGCUGGCCAUCUCCAUCGACCGCUACCUGGCCAUCACCCGGCCCCUGCAGUCGCUGCGCGGCAGCUCCGGGCGGAGGACGGCGGCGGCCGUGGCCGCGGUGUGGCUCUACUCGCUGGCCUGGAGUCUGGCUCCGCUGCUGGGCUGGAGCUCCUACAUCCCCGAGGGCCUGAUGACGUCGUGCACGUGGGACUACGUCACGUCCACGGCGGCCAACAGGAGCUACACCAUGAUGCUGUGCUGCUUUGUCUUCUUCAUCCCGCUGGGCGUCAUCUCUUACUGCUAUCUGUUCAUGUUCCUGGCAGUACGGAAAACCAGCAGGGAGGUUGAGCGUCUGGGGACUCAGGUGAGGAAAUCCACGCUGAUCCAGCAGAAGUCGGUGAGGAGCGAGUGGAAGUUGGCGAAGAUAGCGUUCGUUGUGAUCGUGGUUUACGUCCUGUCUUGGUCACCGUAUGCCUGCGUCACCAUGAUUUCCUGGGCCGGACACGCCAGCGUCUUGACGCCGUACUCCAAAGCCGUGCCCGCCAUCAUAGCCAAGUCGUCGGCCAUCUACAACCCCUUCAUCUACGCCAUCACCCACGACAAGUACAGAAAGACUCUGGCAGAUAAGUUCCCCUGCCUGUGGUUUCUGUCGCCCGCUCCUCGGAGGGAAUGCGUCUCCUCCUCCAUCAGCGAGUCCUCGUGCAGGGACUCCAUCAUCAGCAGACAGUCCACAGCAUCGAGGACUCAUUUUAUCACUGCUUCGUCCACUGACAUGGUGUUCAGCGAUGUAGAAAUGGAGCCUUUGGGCAGGAACUCGGGCAGUUCUCUGAGGAGCGCGUCGUCGCGUUCGUCCCGCAGAGGGAGGUCCUAUAAAAAGCGAACAGAGAGGCUGAACAGCAGGAGCCGCGCAGCAGAAAAGCACCCGUCUGCCGUGAUGGAGCCAUCCGGCACCUGCGAGCACCAACUGGUCUCCAGCUCUCUCGCCAUCGCCACUCUCCCUCUGCUGGUUCUUACCAGGAGGCGGAGCCAGAGUCUGACCAAUGACAUCUCAGAGGUGAACAGGAAGAGAGGCAGCGUCGGUCACAAAAGCGGAUCUUUCGAUUGCCUGACUUUGGGUAAAAUCCCGUCCAGCGCGUCCGGGGCGCCUCGGGGCGUCCCGCGCAUAGUCGUCAUCAGUCCCACUUCUGAGAGCAGCCUCGUAAAGCACGACAGCGACUGCGUAGAGGAGAGUGUCGAGGCCAUGGAGAACCACUUUGUGUGCACUCUAAACUUCUCAUCAGAGGUCUUUGAAGCCGUGGAGCUGCUCUCGUGACCAGCUCAACAUUAUUCACCCUAGACCGGCCGCUGCUCUCGGCUUCAGGCACAGACUUGAUCUGAACGGACCAGUUACUGAAAUCGGUCAUUUCUUAUUAUUCCAAGACGUUAGUUUAUCCUGUGCAUCAAACCUACUGUAGAUGUUGCUCUGAAGCAGACGACGACAGGAGAAGCCCUGUUACUUUACAUCUGAAUACAGGGACACGCUGAAGGACUGGACAAGUGCAGCAGCAACAGAUUCUUACUGUGGAACGUCUGUAUGAAUUUUGUUCCCCCUAAAAUGUUUAUGUUUUAAUUAUAUGAUAUAAAUGUAUUGAAUAAUAUUUGCAGAGUGAAAGGGGAAGACUCUUUUGCGUCACUCUACAUAUUAGUGAAAUUUUCAUAAAACUAGAUAACCCAAGAAAAGCAAUAGGCUCAAGCUGUCGGGGCGUCUGUGAAGUAUAUAAUGGUAAAUGUACAUUCAGUUCUUGCUUUGUCUUGUUUUGUGGUGCCCUGUUCUGCUGUUUAAUGUCAGUGACACCGGGCUGUAGUUAAAAAGUGAGGCUGCUGUUUCUGACCAAUAAUGUUUUCCUUCAUUUGAAAGUGUGAUCCGUAACAUAUGUGCCACCGUUUCUAUCCACAACAAAUAUAUAUAUAAAGACCAAUGAAGGAUGAGGAAGCACCGGUCAGAUAGAUUCACACAUACAUAAGGUACAGCAUAAUCUGAAAUGGGUGCUCAGAGUUUCCAUGGCUAAUUUAUUGCAGUUUCUUGAAUGAAUGAGAAUUUCUCAUUUUUAAGUGUCAUUCCUAUUUGUUAUUAUUGCAAUCCAGUGUGUUAGUAGGGUAGUGAUGGUGAGGUGCGUGUAUACUCUAUAAACACUAUGUGACAGUGAGGUUGGGUGUGAUUGGAUGUGUUUUAAUGAGUUAAGACGAAACAAAACAGUAACUGAGUAAAGUUGUUGACAAUGGCAAUGUAUGAGUAAGGUGAAAAGCUGACAAAAACUGAAAAACAAACAAGCAGUUGAAACAACAGAACAUAGAAAAUGAGUGUCUUCAUACACAUUUUGCUUUUAGUUAGUUGAUAUGUGUAAUGACAGCAGACGGCCGGCAGAUGGGAGUAUAGAGGCGCAUUUCAACGAUACCACUCAAUCCAGUCACGUCUGUUAUUUUUACAAAGAACACAUGCUCACAAUAACUCACAUUAAAUUUAUUAGAGGUUUCCUAUUCGUUCACAAACCCCGAGGUUGUUCCUUAUGAAUCACUGUUUUAGCGUCAGGUGUUGAACUUUAUGGCUGACAGACACGCACCUGUGCGUGACACAGGUUGCGUC